AUGUCUUCUACGACCACGCAGACAGAAACCCAGAUCAGAACACUCAAUGUGGACCACACCUGGGCCGACCCUGAUGCGCUACGAGGCCGCUUCGCCGCGGCCAUGUCCGCCAUGUAUCGCGAAGAGGUUCCUCUGUAUGGGGACUUGAUGGGUCUCGUAAGAGACGUCAAUGAUGAAGCUCUCAAUCGAGGGACCAGCCAGACCAACACAAGAUCGAGUCCAGAGUCACUGGCGGCCGAGCGUCAUGGCGCGAUCCGGCUGGGUACUCCAUUCGAACUGCAGACUGUUCGAAGGAUAUUCUCCGUGCUGGGCAUGUAUCCUGUCGGAUACUAUGAUCUUUCCGUCGCGGGCCUGCCCAUGCACGCAACAUGCUUCCGUCCAACGCAGGUCCAGAGCCUAGAUGUCAACCCCUUUCGCGUCUUCACGACACUCCUCCGUCCCGACCUCAUACAGCGCGACGAGGCGAGGACUUUGGCGUGGAAAAUGCUCCAGAAUCGAAAGAUCUUCACGGACGCCCUGCUCGCGUUGCUAGACGUUGCCGAUGCACAGCAGGGACGACUCGACGAGGACCAGGCAGCCGUCUUUAUUCCGCAAGCUUUGCAGACAUUCAGCUGGCAGCAUCUCGCGGCGUCAACGUACAAAGAGUACCAGAUACUGCGGGCGGAACACCCAAUCCUCGCGGACAUUGCGUGCUUCAGGACCGCUCACAUCAACCAUCUCACACCCCGAACACUGGACAUUUCCGCCAUGCAGAUCGCCAUGAAGGAGGCAGGAAUGAACGUCAAGUCACGCAUUGAAGGACCACCUGCCCGGAAAUGCCCCAUCCUCCUGCGCCAGACGAGUUUCCUGGCUCUCGAAGAAAGUGUGCAGUUCCUCAAGGACGGGAACGCCAGAGACUCGCCCUCGCCCGACGAGAGCGAGCUCAUCCAGGCCACGCACAAGGCUCGCUUUGGCGAGACUGAGGAACGUGGUGCGGCGGUGACGGCCAAGGGGCGACAGUUGUACGACAAGUUGCUGAGUGAGAGCAUGAGCAGGACAGUCGGACUUUCUGUGCAGGCAGCGGACGCGGUGUCACGAGAGAUAUUCAGGAGAUUCCCGGACGACUGGUCAGAGUUGAGGCAGCAGGGGCUCAUCUACUGCGAGUUCAGUCUAGCCAGGAAACCUGCAGAGACCCCGGUGUCAAAAAGGGAUGAGAAGAUGUCGCUGCUGGAGCAGCUCAUAGACGACGGGAUCGUGACGUUCAGACCCAUCACGUACGAGGACUUUCUGCCCUUUUCGGCGGCCGGUAUCUUCCAGUCCAAUCUGCAGUCGCAAAAGGGGCUGGACCUCAAGCCACCCGUGUCAGACUUUGAGGGUCUGGUGAAGGCAUUGGGGGUGAAACCUAUGGACAUGGAGGACUGGUAUGCGCAGGCGCAGAGACAGAGUCUGGAGCUUGUUGGGCGAGAGCUGGGAUUUGGCGAGCAGGAGUGGUGGUCGUAA